UUUUUUACUUAUUAAAUACUUUGCCUUCGAUUUUGCUACGAAAAAUAUAUGAAAAUAAUUUAUAAAUAAAUUUUGUUAUUAAUGUAGUAUAUUCAUGUUUAAAUUUGUUAAAAAUGUUAUAAAAUUUACGGAUUUUAUCUAUAAUAUAUGUAGUAAAACUUUCUUGUUCCAUCUCUUAGCUGUAAAAAAUUUCCGGUUUCUUGUUUGUUGACUAAAUAUAAUAGAAAAAUAAAUAUAAUUUUUAUAUUGAUUAGUUGAGGUGUUGGAAAAAUAACAUAAUCGUCUGUAAUUUACUUAUAAAGUCAUAUAUAAUAUCUUCUAUGGUAUAUUAAGCAAUGAAUAAACUUUAAGAAGAUACAAAUAUAAUAUGUAAUAACAUAUAUACAUAUAUACAAAAAUAUAUAUAUAUGUUAUUCAUAUCAAAUUAUAAUAUGUGUUCAACAAACUGCACACGGAUGUACAUUUUUUUAAAAAUAUAAUCACAAUUAAAAUGUAAAUGUAUUAAAUAAAUUGUUAAAGAAAAUAUAAAAAUGUUAUAUAAAAAUUUUAUAUUUAAUAAUAUUAAUAUAAUGUCUUAAUUUUAAUAUUGUCUUGGCAAUAUAGUUAAAAUUCAUAUAUUAUAUAGAAGUUUGUACGUCUUUUAAUUUCUCGAGAUCUAUGCUUGUAUCAAAUGUACAUGAGUAUCGUUCUAAUUGGACGUGCGCCAAAAAGUCGAUCGAAGUGAUACCAAAGCUUCGUUCGGACGGCGUAUGCGCCAGUAGUAAAUCUCGUGUUUAUGUCGGACAUGCGGAAUCGAGUCAGUGCGCGGUAUCCCGUCUAACCAGCGACAGUAUGCAACUACUUUCGAUUAUUCGUAGCGUGAGAACGUAAAAAAAAUCGGUGUCAGUUUUAUUUGUUCGAUAUUACAAGAAACGAUCAUAAUUUCAUCGAUACGAGUUUAUUUUUUGAUGGAUUGUAUUUAUCACGUGGAAAUAUUCUUUCGGAAACUACGUUGCUGCAUAAAGUUGCGCGACGAUCGUUGCGUUGACGAGGGAAAAAAAAUAACGGAAUAGAAAGUAAAUUAUACGUGAAGCGUGAUCUUAAAAAGUUAGCCGCGUGAUCGAGCAUAAUUCCAGGUGCUAAAUUUAAAUGUGUUGCUUCGAUCCCCUUGGGUUAUUUCAUCUAGGUUGGCUGCGCUCGGUUGGUUCGCUAGCAAAGCUCUAUCAUCAGCCCUGCCAGCAGUGGUAUCAUUGUUGAUCGUCGUUACCAGGUAUAUACGUAGUCGUGGUCGCCAUUGCCGGCAGUAGUGGCACUGUGAACACCGCCUGCGCCAUCGCGAGCUACCACCACUACGCGAGUCAGUCGACAGUCUGCCGGCGAGCAGUGCGGACGCGUCGUGGAAGGAUUUAGUAUCGUUGCUCGCAAGUAUUUGCUGGCACGACCGCGAUUUGCCCCACCGUCGGUGCCACGGUAACACGGUUCCCGCGGACAAAACCAUUUCCCCUCUGCCCGGCCCGACGACCCUCCCUCCCGUCGGUUACCCGGUGUUCUACCAGCGCCGCGGCAGUUCCCCUCUAUUGAUCGAAUUUGACCUGCGAAGUUUCCCCUAGCGUGUGCAGUAGUGGCGGCCGGCAGUGGCUCUCGCGCUUACGUUCCUCGGUUAGUGCGGUAAAUAAUCGCGAUACCUCGGCAUGGCUACUCCGACCGCUUGCACGCGGUUUAGUGACAAUUAUGAGCUCAAAGAGGAACUGGGCAAGGGUGCCUUCUCUGUGGUUCGACGAUGCGUUCAGAAGAGCACUGGUCACGAAUUCGCUGCGAAGAUCAUAAACACGAAAAAACUCACCGCCAGAGAUUUUCAGAAGUUGGAACGCGAGGCACGGAUAUGCAGGAAAUUGCAGCAUCCGAAUAUCGUGAGAUUACACGACAGCAUACAGGAGGAGAACUAUCAUUACCUCGUUUUUGACCUCGUAACCGGCGGCGAACUGUUCGAGGAUAUCGUGGCGCGAGAAUUCUACAGCGAAGCGGACGCGUCUCACUGUAUCCAACAAAUCCUGGAAAGCGUACACCACUGCCACCACAAUGGAGUUGUGCACAGGGACCUGAAACCCGAAAAUUUACUCCUCGCAAGUAAGGCGAAGGGCGCGGCUGUGAAAUUAGCGGACUUUGGAUUGGCGAUCGAGGUGCAGGGUGAAGCGCAGGCAUGGUUCGGUUUCGCUGGGACGCCCGGUUACCUCAGCCCGGAAGUCCUGAAGAAAGAGCCAUACGGCAAGCCAGUCGACAUCUGGGCGUGCGGUGUCAUUCUUUACAUCCUUCUGGUCGGUUAUCCGCCAUUCUGGGACGAGGAUCAGCAUCGAUUGUACGCGCAGAUCAAGGCCGGAUCGUACGACUACCCGAGCCCAGAAUGGGACACCGUCACGCCGGAAGCCAAGAACCUAAUCAAUCAGAUGCUGACGGUGAAUCCAGGCAAAAGGAUCACCGCAAGCGAGGCAUUGAAGCACCCAUGGAUCUGCCAACGUGAACGUGUCGCGUCCGUUGUCCACAGACAAGAGACUGUGGAUUGCUUGAAGAAAUUCAACGCAAGGCGCAAAUUAAAAGGCGCUAUUCUGACGACGAUGUUGGCGACGAGGAACUUUUCCAGUAAGUAUGAUGCACAGGGUCGGAGCAUCAUCACGAAGAAGGGCGAUGGCUCUCAGGUGAAGGAAUCGACCGACAGCAGCACAACGAUCGAGGACGAUGACGUGAAAGAGGAUAAGAAGGGCGGCGUCGACCGGAGCAGCACGGUCAUUGCCAAAGAACCCGAAGGCCCCGCCUCCCAGGGCACGCCCCCGAACAGUCCCGCCGCCGCCGUGUCCGCGUUCUCCAGGGUAGUUGGGGCGGCGAGGGAGACGAACAAGCAGAACCAGGUUCAGGGAAACCCCCUUGGAUUAGCCGCGGUACUCCUACAGGGAGCACAAGAAACGAAAUUGCAGACUCUCUUUGCGGCUGUUAUCGGAAAUUCGUCUACGUGGCGCAGGACACGAGGAAAGGAUACUGAAAUUCAACCAGACGAGUCCACCCCCCGACGAAUCGCUGGCAGCGCAGGAAGCGGUAGCAGCAGCGGUAGCAGCAGCAACAGCCAAAACAGCCAGACUGGCGCGUCACCGUCCUCGCCAGCGGCCAUCUACAUCGGCAGCAACCACGCGGCGACGUCGCGACGCUACGACUCCUCGAGCAACGAAGCGGAAAUUCGACGCGCGAACAACCCCGGAUACAUGCCGCUUGUUCAAAACGAGUCAGAAGAUGGUAAGAAGAGUUCCAACGCCGCACGCCGUCAGGAGAUCAUCAAGAUGACUGAGCAACUCAUAGAAAGCAUCAACACCGGAGAUUUCGAGGCGUACACGAAAAUCUGUGAUCCACAUCUGACUGCAUUCGAGCCAGAGGCUCUAGGUAAUUUAGUCGAGGGAAUGGAUUUCCACAAAUUUUACUUUGAUAAUGCAGUCUUGGGGAAAAACUGCAAAGCCGUGAACACGACGAUCCUGAAUCCCCAUGUACACCUGCUUGGCGAAGAUGCUGCGUGCAUCGCGUACGUUAGGCUGACACAGUACAUGGACAAACAAGGAGUAGCGCACACCCAUCAGAGCGAGGAGAGCCGCGUAUGGCACAAGAGGGACAACAAAUGGCAAAAUGUGCAUUUCCAUCGUAGCGCGGUCACAGGCCCGUCGCCGUUCACCUAUAAUCACAAGUAAAUCGAUGCGACGGUUCAAAAAGAAAUAAAGGGGAGGAAGUAGAAGAAAAGGGCCGAUGUGUCGGUGGACGCUCGUCGCCUUCGACGCGUGGAAUGGACGAACGAAACCGUGCAAGAAACGCGCGAGCACACGUUACACCUGAGUCCUGAUACUCCUGAUCGGGAUAAAUAGAUAAAUACAUAAUACGAUCGUCUAUCUAUUUAUUUAUUUAUCGAUGUACAUGUACACACAUACACACGAACACACGUAGGACACGUGAACACGCGUAUAAAUUAGUAUUAAGCGCGACAAAAUGGAAAGGAGCGAGAUUAGUCGCGAAAGUGGUCGGAUAAGUCGGUAUUUUUGAGCUCGAUUCAGUACCUGUUCAGCGUACUUACCACGAAGCACCGCGACUCGUGCCUCGGCCUCGAUGGAGGAACGAUUUCCGAUGGAUUCGAGACAGUAGUUCUCGAUGAAGAGGAUAUCGAAGAAAGAAGAAAUUUGGCGGCUAAACAAUUCGGAAGACUGUAAUUUAUAUAUCGAAAAUCUUUAAAUCGGUGAAGAAAAUUGUGUUCGAGAUUUGUCUGAAAGUUUCUUAAGUGUCAAUCAAGGAAUAAAUAAUACCGAAAUACGUUAUACAUAAUUACGUUAAAACAUUAAAAUGGAUAUCAUAUAAAGGAGGGAAAAAUAGAAACGGAUUAACGCCAAAACUGAGGAAUUUCCGAUGUCUCGAUUUUCACAUCUUCAUUCCGUCUCCAUCUCUAAAACUCGAGGAACAAUCUUGCCAAUUUUCUAAACGAUCACGAAAAAGAGAAGCAACAAAAAUAUAUUAUAAAAAAUAAUGAGAAGAAUCACAAAAUCCCCAAGAUCCUACGAAAGAAGAGAAUCAAAAUGGCGGAAAACGAAGCAGAAGAGCGUGUCGUUCCAGUGGCGUCGAGGAGGUCAGCGGUGAACAUGAAACGGGAAGUACGCGUAUAUCCAGGAAAUUGGAAGUAAGCACGGAUGGGGAAAGAAUGGAAUGGUGGUGAAUGUUACACCGCUUGCGAGAAAAUGAAGCCGCGAUCGACGAGGGAGAUGACGCCGGCACGUCGGCAACCACGCGUAUUUAGUUCGUAUGAUAGUCGCUGUACAGAACAAUCUUCCAUUGUAAUUUUUUUCUUCUAAUUUUCGUUCUCGUCUCUCGCUACGACGACACACCGGAAAAAAAAAAAAAAAGAAAAAAGGGAAAUCCAUUGUAGAUUCGCGCGCGCGCUAUCUCUUGUAAAACAAGUAUGAAUACAUACACACACGCGCGCGUACGAGAAUUUGUCCAAGUGUACUUGCCGUAUCGUUGCAUAAUUCGAAUGUUUCCUAUUUAAUUCACGAGAAAGUAUAAUAUUAAUGUAUCGAAUAACGUUGUUUAAAAAAUGAUUUCACGAAUCCGUAACUCUCUUACGUGAUUAACGAAAGCGUUUAUGUUACCAUGAUUAUAAACGAUACGGUACGUGCGCUUAGCAAGCGUCUGGAAUACGCUCGAAGCGAGCAAGCUCGGAUCUAUAGGUUUUCGACCAGCAAAAAAAGAAAAAGCUUCUCGCUCGAGGUUAAUAUCGGUGCAUACGCUCGCGUUGUACACACAUACAAGCAUACACGUACAGAGAUUACGCGCGACAAGUCCAAGAGGGAGAGAAGAGCGAUCUUUAAACAUUGUUACCUCAUCGUCGUAAGGAAGAAAUAUCGCGACUGGCGCGACUCACGAUCCGCCAGCCUCGCGUACGUUCCGUUUUACAAGUCGAUCUCGAAUCCUCGGGCUACGUCGAACGUAAGACCAAGAGGAAAAUAGAAAUGGAUGAAACGAGGAAGAUGAAAUUUCGAAUCGAGUAGAAAAAGAAGGAAAAAUGUAAAGAAUGUAUCGUGGAAAGAAGGACGAAAGAGUGAGAUUCGUUCGCGUAGCUCGGUGUACAUUGGCCGUGUACGAAAGGAUCGAUCCACACUUCCGGCGUUCGUCGAUGGAGAAGAAGAAAACGAACGAAUAAAAGAAAGAAGAGGAAGGUACGGAGGAGGAAAAUAAAGAGACGAAAGUCGCCGCGCAGAGUGAAGUAGAUAUAACAUAUUAUAUCUCGGCGGACGUUGUUGAGAAACACGAGCAACUUAGGUGAUCGAACGAUUUUUUCGUCGGGUUCACGAGGCACCUUCGUUCAAGAGACAAAGAAGUAAUAACGAUAGGAAGAGAGCAAAAAAAAAAAAUUUGGCAGGGACGAAAAGAGAAUGGAGGAGCAGAGAAAGAAGGAGGGGUAGAAAAGAAACAAAAAAAAAAGAUAACACACGAAAAAAAAAUCUUUCUUACACCGUUCGUACAUCCUCUAUUAAUUAAUUAAUUAAUUAAUUAUAAUUAAAUACGACUUUACGAGAGUAUAAAUCGAUUAUAUAUAUUAUAUAUAAAUAUAAAUGAACAAGAUUAUCUAGGAAAGAAUAUGAGAAGAUUGAGAUACAAGUUUUUCGAGGAAAAAUGGGGGAGGGGGUGAACGUGACAGGGGCGGAAGAGGGAACGGUGAAGAAAGAGAGAUGUUCUCCAUUCGCGAGAAGAUAAAAAAAAAAUAAAUAUCGGAGGAACAUUUUUGCCAUCUUGUUAUAUAAUUUAUAUGUGUAUAUAUAUAUAUAUAAUAUAUAUAAUACACAUAUAUAUAAAUAUACAUAUAUAUUAUAAAUGCGCGCGUAUGCGUGCGGAAUAAAUGGUACGCGCGUUUCUCUCGCGUUGGAAAACGGGAUCAUGUGUGUUGCCACCAAUAAUACAGAGAGAAAAAUCGGUCGUUGGAUCGUUGGUUCUUCGACAUCAUUAAGUUGUUAAUCUUUGUUAAUCUUUGUUAAUUCUUGUUAACUCCAUAGUUUUUAUUUAUUCGCCGUUCGUUGUACUCGGUUCAGCGUCGAUUUAGAGAUCGGUGAGAUAUCUAGGAAAUUUUUAAUUACGAAUAAACGAGUAUAUAAAGUCCGAUAUUAAUAUAUAUAUACAUAUAUAUAUAUAUAUAUUUUGACUUGUUCUUCCUUUCAUCGAGUUGUUUCAAUAAAAUAAAAUCGUUUAUCGCUGUUCACCGAUUGAAUUCUACGUAUAUAUGUAUAUAUAUUAUAUUAAUUGAAACUCGAUCGAGCGUUGAAUCGACGCGGAAUCGGUUUCUCGCCAUCGAAACACGCUCGAGAACGCGUGUCCACGUACGUGCGCGCGCGCUCGUUCCGCAAACUAUCGCAUAUAUAUAUAUAUAUAUAUAUAUAUAUCGAUACAGGAUACCAGAACGAGAGAAGUGAGGGAUGAAGGAAACGGAUGAAAAGACGAUUAAAAAAUGGGGAGAGAGAGAGAGAGAGAGCGAGAGAGAGCGAGAGAGCGAGCGAGCGAGAGAGAGAGAGAGAGAGAGACAAACGAUUUAAUAUAUUGCAAAUACUAUAUUAUAAAUAUAAAUAUAAACAUAAAAUUAAAACUUAAGGAAUAGUGUUAUUUCUACUACUCUAAUUCGUCGCUUCUAUACGUGUGAUUGUUGUAUAAAAAAAAGAACAAAAAAUACGAUUAUUGAUUUAUUAUCAUUGUUAUUACACGAUUAUCAUUACACGUUACGAUUACUACUAUUACUAUAAUUAUUAUUAAUUAUUGCCGAGCGAAAGCAGUAUAUUAAGGCGAAAGAAUGGGAGAAUGUGGGAAAUUGUUGUUGAAAGAAACGGAGAGGAAUAUAAGAUGGGCGAAGAUUAAAAAGAAGGAAAGUAAUAGAAAUGAAGAAAAGAAGGAGAGAAGGGAGGAACGGUGGAGCGUAAGAGGAAAGGGAGGGAUAGUUUACACGACCCGAUUUUUUUCCUACGAUAAAAGGUAUUCUUAAUUGACGUACGAAUGGAUCCUUAGAGGAUAGAAAUCAUAGACAAGAGCAAGCUUUCUAUGUGGAACCAAAUGGAAGAUGGAAAAGUAGCAACGUCCAUUUAACAAUGAAAGAGAAAAAUAAAAACGAGAGAGAAGAGGAAGAAAGAAGAAAUAACGCGUAAAGAUUUAUCGUGUAUCUUUACAAAUACGCAAGUCGGUGAUCGUGAGAACGAUGAAAAUAUAGGUAAAAAAAGUAAAGAUAAAGUACGAGUAUUACCAGUUUAGAUAAUCUUAUAUCGAUUGAUCGAGAAAAGUUGAAGGGUAUUGAUGGAUGUCUUGAGGAAGGCACACGCUCAUUCGCGCGCGUUAUUUAAAAAGUUGUUUCUUAUUGAAAGAGAAAAGAAGAAAAAAGAAAAUCCAUAAUAAAAUUAAAUCUCCGAACGAGGAAAGAAAACGAAUUGAAUUGGAGAAAAGUGUAACGAGAUAAAAGGAAACACGAUUUCAUAACGCGGAGGGACGUGUCUCGCAUCAGAUUUUGCUGAAAGUCCUUCUUUCCAAAUAAAAUAAAAAUAAUAAUUAAUUCGUUUGAGUUUUUAGGGUUUUACAGUAAUAAUCGAACAAUCAUUUCUCCGUUGAUAUGAAGCUCUCUUGUAGAUUAUAUAUAAAUUUAGGAUCUAUGAUCUCUACGAUCUACGAGUUUCCCCUCGCAACGUUAAUUCUACUUGCUGUCAUGUGUUUCAACAGUUUAUCAAACUUCUUCAUACUCUUACCGAUCAGAAAUUUAUGAUUAAUUAAUCCUUGCAGCUUUCUUCCUUGCAUCUUCUUUCAAUAUCUUCUUUCCUUAACGCGCAAUCAGAAAGUUUCUAGAAACUCUUCAAAAAGAGAGAGAAUCUUUUGAAAUUUCAUCGAAGUUUCCUCUGUGAUCUGUUCAGAUCCCUUUUCCAUCUACAAUUGAAACGGUUAAAAUCAAUUAAUUAGCGCUCCUUUUCGUUUCUUCUCGUCAAGAAAAUUCUCUUUCGUAAUUAACGGAGCCACAAAUCUGAAUCCAAGCUGCAUCUUCGAUCGUUCAUCUCUUGACAAAUCAUCCUUACCUUAGAUUUCGAAAUAAUCCGAAACCUCUCGUCGAUUUCUCGCCUUCCACUUCAUUGCGGAACAUCGAUCAAAAUCGAGACAAAAUCGUCUCGAUGUAGUUUCCUCGGAUCACCACCAUUUCCACGCGUGAAAAUUUCCAUUCCCCUCGAACAAGCUACUUUCAGCAAGAUCUGCUCCGUUCGACAAGUGGCGAAACGCGCGCAAUCGUUCGAAUAAUUUGCAGGCAUCGUUCGAGAUUUUUAAAACGAAUGGAAGGAGGGAUGGAAGAAUUUGAAAAGGGGGAAAAAGAUUAAGAAAGGGGAAAUUGGGGAGGGAGAGAAGGAAGAGCGAGAUAGGGAGGAGGAAGUUUUAUCAACGAUGGUGUUUUUUCGUCGCUAGCUUUUUUCUUCGAUAUAAGCGAUUUUAAACGAAUUAUAGAUAGAGAACGAAGAAUGUUCGUCCGAUGGUAUCCUUUCAAUUUUAUAAUAUCCGUUCGAUUUUAUUAUCGUGCAUGAUAAACGUAACGAUCAUCCAAGUUGGACAAGCACUUUUACUUUCCUCUCUGUAAUACGAUCUUCGAGAUCUUUUUUGCUGCUUUCUGACUCUAAAACUAUCGUCGUUACACAUUUGCGCAUUUCUCGUAUCGAACGCUGAUUCGAACAGUGUUUCAGUCGAAUCCCCCUAUUGUUGCGUUGAUCGAAAGGAAUUAAAGGGUGGAAUUCUCCCUCUUUUGCUUCCCUCUUGUCUUCUUCUUUAACGUGGCGUUGAAGGAACGACAGGGAUAGAAGCGAGAGAGAGAGAGAGAGAGAGUGUGUGUUUUCUUGACUGACAGUUCUUCUUCAAUCAAUUAUUAUCGUUAAAGAAAAGAUAUAUUCAAAUAAUGAACGAUAGGGAUGUUUAAAUUUGAAAAAAAUUUUAUAUAAAUUUUUUGAAUUUAAAGAAGAAUUUAAAAGAAUUGAAAAAUUUGCAAAGAUUUAAAGAUUUUAAAGUUAUAAAAAUUAUAUAUAUAACAUUCAAAAAUUCGAUUCGAUUGAAUUAAGUAUUGCGUUAGAUUGGCCAGUCGCAUACCUUUCCGCGCAUGAAUUGGAGGAAGAAUCGACCGUGAUGAAGCGGGUUGAAGUGUUGAGAAAAAAAAAAAAGAGAAAGAGUUUAAAAAAAAAAAAAGGAAAACGGUCAAGAACCGUGACAACCGAAUUACCGAGAUUCAAUCAACAUCUUAGCGGUUAAUCGCCGUAGAAUGUAAUUAAACUAGUGUUUUAAGAAUGAAAAAAAAGAAAAAAAAAAAAAUCUAUCAUCUUCUACCGUGAGAGAACCGCGACACAGCGACAUCAUCGUCUCGCUGUAGCUCACGCGCGCACACACACACACACACACAUUGACCGAUUGCUGCGUAUGCACGAUUUUAUUACAGCGAUUUUUCUGCGCCACAUUUUUAGAAGAGUACACACCAGCGAAAAAACUCGAGAGUUUUUUAGGAAUGCGGACUGAAACGAGAGCCAUAAAACCGUGAGACGUGAAAAAGAAAAAAGAAAAAAAAGAAUAUUUAAAAGAAAUAACACAAGUUCCUCCCCGAGCGUUUCUUCUUCCGGGAUGCUCGACGAAUCUGCGUGGUCUGAAGUCGUCGGUAUCACGAAAUCUCGAAGAGAUGCGAUUGAAAAAUAUAGUUCGGUGUGUUUCUUUCCUUUUUCCAAAAAUUUUGAUCCUUUUUUUUCUUUUCUUUUUUUUUUUAGGAUUAAUUACGAGAGAAGUUAUUAAGAGUAAUUCGUCCUGUCUUCAAAAAGUUAAAUUUAUCCAUCUUUUUAAUUAGAUUUCUUAUUUUUCCAUUUAUUCUUCUUUUCUUCUGGGGACAACAUUCGUAUAAUAUUCCUCCUUCGAAUAUUUAAUCCGUACAAUUCACGUUAAAAACAAGAAGUUAGUGAAGAAAUAUAAUAUAUUGUAAUUAGAAAUAUCAACUAUAAGUAACCGGAAGUAUAGAUCUUGCUUAGUUGUAAAGAAUAUUACACGAGGCAUUGGUACUAAGUAUUAACAUUUCCUCGUUAAUUUCGUCGAAAUUAAAUUAAAGGAAACGUUACUACUGGAAGUAUCGAUGCCUUAGCUAAUUCUAUUACAACCGAUUAAAUUAUCUUACUACUUCCUUUACCACUUUUCAUUACUAAUAUCUCCCACUCUGCCAUUUGAAUAAAGAACGAAUUUUUUAAAUCCAUUUUAAUAAUAAAUAAACCGAUGAUCGAUUUAACAAACUUAACCCAACGAAAUUACAUAAUAAUUUUCCGAGCUAUAUUUAUAUAAUCGUCAAUCUCCCGAUGCAAAUUUUUCACGUAAAAAAAAAAAAAAUAAAAUAAAUAAAUAAAUCGGAAGAUCGCAGGUGAUUGUAUCCUUAUAUCGAUUAUUUCGAUAAGAAAAAGCAAAAAAAAAAAAAAAAAGAAAGUAAGAGCCGGAACCAAGGUUCCUAAAUCGAAUCUCCGACGCAAAUACCCUCGAGUGCAAAACUCUCGAGACUCGCCCUCGAGAGAGUAUUCUUCUCAAAGUGGACAACUGCGUUGCCAGACUGAUUGUUCGAGGACUUUCACGCUCGACGCAAUUGUCUGAAUUGGCGAGAAAUAAGUUUCGAGAGCGAUUCCCAAGAAGUUUCACUCGCGAAACAUAUUUCCAUCCUAUAUAAUACCGAUCAAAUAUGGCGGCUGCGAGGAGAGAGCAACGUAAAAAAAGACACGGUCUUCGGCUAUUUUGACCUCUCCUUUCGUCUCUACUUCGAGAGUCCGCGUUUCGAAAGAUUUUUUAUCGUUCCGUAACUUUUUGCGAUCCUACCUACUACUACGUACGCAAUAUAGAAUUAUUAAUUAAUGUAACUUUUUAGCGUGUGCGUGCGUCUAUUUGUGCAUGCGUGCGCGUGAUACCAUAUAAAAUAAUCUAAUUGAGGUACAGCUCGGUUGAUUUUGCACGACAUUUCGGAUCCGGCCGAUCGGAUCGUUCGCGAUCGUUUGCCUAUUUCUUUCGGCCGUUUUCGACGCGUGCGUUAUCUCGAAUUAAUGAAAAAAAAAAAAAAAAAAAAUAGUAAUAAUGAUAAAGGGAAAAGAGUCUCGAAAUUCUCGACUCGAUCCAAGCGUCGUUUCAUGCGUCGAUAUACUUACAUAUCUUCUUAUAUUGCAAAAUCGAGAGGAAAAGCAUAGAUGGAAUGAAAUACUUGGAACGUUUAAUCGAUGAAAACUCGCCAAAAAUAUAUAUAUAUAUAUAUAUAUUUAAUAUAUAUAUUUAAUCGCACACGCGACAGUGCGAUUUUUUAAUCCUUGCUUUUUAUCCUCGAAUCGUGCGCGUCGAACGGCCGAAUUAUAUAUUUGAAGGCAGUUCAAAAAAAAAAAAGAGAAAUAAAAAUAGUAAACGAUGAAUUAAACCCUUUCGAGCUUAAUAAAGAAAGAGACCAGGAAAUAAAAAUGUAAUAAGGAUGAGAAAGUGAAAGUAAGAAGAAAAGAAAAAUAUGAGUGUAAAGAUAGGAAGAAGAGAUACACAAUAAUUCACGAGAAAGAGAGGGGAAAAAAAUGGGAAAACGAGUUCGUGGAGUGAACCGAUUUGAUUUUUCGCGAUGGAGAACGGUGCGUUGAAGAAAAAAGAAAAAAAAUAGAAAAAAAAAGUUAUUAAAUAAUAAAGAAGAGAUACGAAUUCUUUAGCGGACGUGCGAUCCAACUGUGCCUCGAAUAAAAUCUUGAGCGACGUCCCCUCCGACUAAACGAAAAAAUGAAAAAAUCACAAAAAAGGUGAAAAAAAAAAAAGAUUAUGAUAUGUAAUAGAUUGUAAACGUUCACUACUAUUCUUAUUGAUAUUAUUGUCAUUAUUAUUACUGUCAUCAUUAUUAUAUUGUCAUUGUUAUUGUUACUAUGAUUACCGUCACGCGCAUUUUAGAGGAAUUAUUCACGUGCAAUCUGCGAUGGCGAAUUCCGCGCGACAUUCGUGUUUUUACUUCUUGAGCGUUGCGAUGGAGAGAGAGGAUAGUAGAAAAAAAAAGCGAAAGAAAGAGAGAACAAUAUGGGGUGAUAAAUUCACGGACAACGGACAGAGAAAAUUUUCGUUUAAUUCCGAGGGAUAUUUUCCAAUGUUCGAAGGAAGAUUCUCCGUGGAGAAAGUGGGGAAUUUUGGGAAAAAGAAAUUUCGAAAAUUCUACGAGAUUCUCGAGAUUCUUUCGCGUACGAAAAAUCGGGAGAUCAAUCAAAAUCUCGGAUCAUCGAUCUUCUCGAUGUACGCUAUUUUUCUUCACUUAAGAAUAUUGUAACAUUCGAUUCUAGUUUUUAUCAAAGUAUAUAUUCCAUGUGUAAAUUGUAGAAAAAUUUUGAAACUUUUUAACGCUAAAUCCCCGCGCCAUUUAACUCCUCGUUUAAGAUUAACAAUUUACGAUUUACUUCGAUAUCGAGUUUAGCUUAUAAUAGAAUAAAGAAGAAAAAAAAAAUCUAAUUAUAGCGAGGUAAUCUAAUCUCUUACUUCUACGCUCUAAUAACGUUACGAGGCUUAAAGUUAAAAAUUGCGCGACGAUCGAUGAUCGAGAUAAUGGAUUUCACGCGAGAGUUUCGUGAAUCACGUUUUCUGUUUGUAAUCUUUGUCCGCUGUUACGUGGCGACGAGUCGGUGUCCCAAAAGGGAAGAGCGUUUCUACGAAGCUCAACUUCCGGUUGUUCUUGGCUCGAUCUUCGUAGGCGAAACGCCGAUCAAUAUCGCCCUGUUGGAGAAACGCCAAUUGUAAUAGGAAAGGAAAGAACGAAAAUAAAAGUGAGAAUGAAUGAGAGUAUUCGACAGAGCGAGUGUGAGAGUGAGAGUGAGAGAAUGGUAUGAGAGCGUAAAUUAGAGAGCAAGAGCGAGAGAGAGAGAGAGAGAGAGAGAUUAGAAAAUGUGUGAUUAUUAAAAAAAAAUCUCUCAUCGGUACAUUUAAUAUAACGCUAAUUCAUUAUUACAGACAUUAUUGGAUUUACGGUAAACGGAUAAGCGAUUGAUUACAAUUUUGUCCUAAUGUUCAGAGAAAUAAAACAAGGAAAUACA